AUGGCCCUGGUCUGGUUGCUCUCCUGCUUGGCUCUCCUUGGUGUUGCCAGGGGUUGUGGUGUUCCCGCCAUCGCUCCUUCAAUCACUGCCUAUGCCCGGAUAGUCAAUGGGGAAGAUGCCGUGCCCGGGUCAUGGCCUUGGCAGGUCUCCCUGCAGGACAAGACCGGCUUCCAUUUCUGUGGAGGAUCUCUGAUCAAUGAGAAUUGGGUGGUCACUGCUGCCCACUGCGACAAGGUCUCGCCCAACAAAUUGCAACAGGUGGCUCUUCCUCUGCUGACCAACCAGGAGUGCAAGAAAUUCUGGGGCAACCGCAUUGCCGAUGUCAUGGUCUGUGCUGGGGCUGCAGGAGCAUCAUCUUGCAUGGGUGAUUCUGGUGGUCCUCUGGUCUGUCAGAAGAAUGGGGCCUGGAAUCUGGUUGGGAUUGUCUCCUGGGGCAGCAGCACCUGCUCUCCAGCCAGCCCGGGGGUCUAUGCCCGCGUUACAGAACUUUUGCCCUUCAUUGAAUCCACCCUUGCUAAUAACUAA